AUGGCUUCAAACGCGGGUUUCAACAAAGAAACUGGCGGCCUGGAAGUCGCCAAAACUUACUCCUCUCUUCUCGCUGGUAAAACAGUUCUCAUCACAGGUGUUUCCCCCGGAGGCAUUGGCGAAGCUAUCGCUCGUUCAUUUGCGCACGGCGGUGCAUCCCUCAUCAUUGCGACCGGUCGCAGCAGAACUCGCGUAGAAGAGACAACUCGGCAAAUCGCCACCGAAUACCCAUCGACGCAGUUCCUCAACGUUGUACUGAACCUUGUCUCACUCCAAUCCGUUCGUCAAGCAGCAAACGAGAUUCUUGGAGAGAGUCUUGUCAAAGAGAUUCACAUCGUAGUUACGAAUGCCGGCGGCUUAUUUAACAGUACUGAGCGCCAGCUCACUAUCGAUGGCCGGGAGAUACAUUUCGGCACCAAUCACUUAGGCCAUUUCCUACUUGUCCAACUGCUGCUUCCAAAGCUGCUUGCCGCCGCUAAGAGGAAUCCUUAUGGUGCAACGCGCAUUGUGGCUAUCAGCAGCUUCGCAAGCUAUUUUAGCCCAUUCCGUUUUAGCGAUUACAAUUUCGAUGGUGAUAGGAAGCUCCCUAUCGACGAAAAGCCAGAUUGGCUUGCCGUUGCGAAAUAUUUCGAUUCCACAGCAGUAGAAACGGACAGAUUCAGUCCAAUACUUGCGUACGGGCAGAGUAAAACCGCGAAUGUUCUGUUCGUAGUACAGCUCAAUCGAUUGCUAUCAAAACAAGGGAUAUAUGCCUUUGCAAUCCAUCCAGGUGCUGUGUACAGUACAGGAGGGAAACAUGGUCUAGCCACUAUGCCAGAAUCUGUCAGGACCUUGGUCGCAGAAGUCAUGACGAAGGAUAUUGACCAGGGCAGUGCUACAGCACUGGUGGCAGCACUGGAUCCCAGCUUAUCCCCCGAAAAGGGAGUGUGGUUAAGCGACUGCCAACUUGCCGAGCCAGCUGAAUGGGCAGUAAAUGAAGAAAAAGCGGAAAGGCUGUGGAAGCUGUCCGAGGAGCUUGUGGAGAAGCUAGGAAAUUAG